CUAGUGACAAAAACCAACACCAGGUCCUUAUCAAGGCCUUACUCUACCUGCACACAAAGCUUAGGUCACUGCAAAUGGCGCUGCUCUGUACCUUUCAUCAACUAGCUAGAACAAGAAGUAAAAUACUGUUUUUAUUUAGUGAUCGGCAGCAAUGACGUACGUAGCCUUUUGAUCCCAAGGACGGUAUAGCGCGGUACGUGUUUCCAUCCUAGCAAACACGACAAUUAGAUGGAGAAAACAAAGGGGAAAAAACACCAAACAGAUUGAAAGAAGCUUCAACAAUGUAAGGAUGACAAAACAAGAUAGCAAAGAUACCGAAGAAACUCCAAACGGUUCCCUCGCAUGUAACGAUGAUGAGAGAAGAGAACAAAGAUACUGAUGCCCCCGAGGGAUCAUAGAUUUGGACACAAAUCUUGUGUAUCCGCCAUGGCCAUCUUCGGAGCUCCUGUGCUUGUAGCCUUCGCAGUGGCGUGUGCAGGCCUCCUCUGGUUGAGAUCACGGAGCUCCUCCAAGGAGAUGAGGGACAUCCCCGGCACGAUGGGCUGGCCCGUCAUCGGCGAGACCGUCUCCUUCAUCUCCGACUUCUCGAGCCCGGCUGGCAUCCUGAGCUUCAUGCGUGAGAGGCAGAAAAGGUUCGGCAAGGUGUUCAAGACGUACGUGCUGGGGAGGAUCACGGUGUUCAUGACGGGGCGCGAGGCGGCCAAGAUCCUGCUGUCCGGGAAGGACGGCGUGGUGAGCCUGAACCUGUUCUACACGGGCAAGCAGGUGCUGGGUCCGACGAGCCUGCUGACCACCAACGGCGAGGAGCACAAGAAGCUGCGGCGGCUCAUCGGCGAGCCGCUCUCCAUCGACGCGCUCAAGAAGCACUUCGACUUCAUCAACGAGCUGGCCGUGCAGACGCUGGACACGUGGCUCGGCAGGAAGGUCCUCGUGCUCGAGGAGGCCUCGUCUUUCACGCUGAAGGUGAUCGCCAACAUGCUGGUGAGCCUGGAGCCGGAGGGGGAGGAGCAGGAGAAGUUCCGCGCCAACUUCAAGGUCAUCUCGUCCUCCUUCGCGUCCCUGCCACUGAAGGUCCCAGGCACAGCCUUCCACCGCGGCCUCAAGGCGAGGAACCGGAUGUACGCGAUGCUGGACCAGGUGAUCUCGAGGAGGAGGGACGGCGGCGAGGUCCGGAGCGACUUCCUGCAGACGCUGCUGCGGAAGCACGCCGGCGACGACGCGGACAAGCUGACGGACGCGCAGCUCAAGGACAACAUCCUGACCCUGCUGGUGGCCGGCCACGACACCACGACGGCGGGGCUGACGUGGCUCGUCAAGUUCCUGGGCGAGAACCCGGAGGUCCUGGAGAAGCUACGGGAGGAGCAUCUGGAGAUCAGGGAGAGGCUCAAGGGCACGUCGUCGUCGCAUCUCGGAUGGUCAGACGUGAACGGCGGCAUGCCUUACACCAACAAGGUGAUGAACGAGACCCUGAGGAGGGCAACCAUCCUGCCGUGGUUCUCCAGGAAAGCCGCUCAGGACUUCAGCAUCGACGGGUACGACAUCAAGAAGGGGACGUCGGUGAACCUGGACGUGGUGUCCAUCCACCACGACCCGGACGUCUUCGCCGACCCGGAGCGCUUCCACCCCGACCGAUUCGACCAAACGCUCAAGCCCUACAGCUUCCUGGGGUUCGGGAGCGGGCCGCGGAUGUGCCCCGGGAUGAACCUGGCGCGCCUCGAGAUCUGCAUCUUCGUCCACCACCUCGUCUGCCGAUACAACUGGAAGCCGCUGGCGGAGGACGACUCGGUGCAGCCCACGCUGGUGCGGAUGCCCAAGAACAAGUACCCCAUCAUCGCGACCGCGCUCUAAGACUGAAGAAGCUUCCACAAACCCAUGAGUUAUAGCUUCAUUUACGCAGAACCAGAUGAUGGAACAGAUGGAUUGUGUAGGUGCUUCUUGUGCUGUAUUGUGGCUAGAUACGGCGGGGCCGGUAUAGAUAGUGCAUCAUUGGAUUCUUGCGGUGUAUUGCGUUGGAAGGAAAUGACUGAAAUAACUAGGCUUGAAAACUUACAGCA